UUUUAUUAUUUACUACUAUAAAAAUAUAAUAAAAUUUAAAAAUCUUUCCUACUUUUGAGAUUUCCUUCCCUCUAAAUUAUUUAGAAACCUACUUUUUUUUAUAAAUAUAAUUAAGCUAAUCCUUUUCACUGCCUUCAUAUACAUAUCUUCCUCCUCUGUUUUAUGCUCUAUUAUUAUUAGUAGUAGAGAGAGAUAUGACAGAAGUUAGAGGGGAAGAAAGUGUAAGCCUUGACCUUCUGAAGCAAAAGUUGAGAGAGUUUGCUGAAGAAAGAGGAUGGGAACCUCAUCAUACUCCCAGGAACUUGCUUUUGGCCUUGGUUGGAGAAAUGGGAGAACUAUCAGAGAUAUUCCAAUGGAAAGGGGAGGUGGAAAGAGGUCUGCCAAACUGGAAAGAAGAGGAGAAAGUUCACCUAGGAGAGGAGCUAUCUGAUGUUCUUCUUUAUUUGAUCCAACUUUCUGACAGCUGUGGCAUUGAUCUCACCCAAGUUGCUCUUCGCAAGCUUCAACUUAAUGCUGUCAAGUAUCCUAUUAACAAAAAUUAACUCACUAAUUCCUAUUUUUACAGAACCUUACUUAUAUAAUAAUCUUGGUUAUUAUUA